AUGGCUCUCGUCUCUAAGGUCGGCGGCCUGCUGUGCGUGGGAUUCGUCCUGCUAGCUCUCGCCCUCUCACCUGCCGAUGCCAUCCAAGCCGCGCUAGGCGAUCUGAACCGCGAGGGCACAUGCUACUGGGGCCAGUUCAGCUACGCCGACAGUCCUUAUUUCGACAAGGGCAUGGUCGCGCAGGACCGUAACGUGGGUAACGUGGAGAUCGAUUACCGCAGCGUGGACUGCCCUAGCAGCCGCACCAUGGCGGUCAGAAUCGAAAACAACAGCAACGUGUACAAUUUCGUGGUUCAGAUUCUCGGCGCGGCGAAGAGCGGAGGCGUGGAGAAGGUGGAGAUAUCAAACGACGGGAAGCAGUGGAAGAGCAUGACGAACAACGGAUGGGGCGCCACGUGGACACUGAAUCCCGCCAAGGACAUCGUGGAUAAGGGGCGCAAGGUGAGCGUGCGCGUGACGGCGACGGGCGGCGGGCAGCAGGUGGUGCUGCAAGACGUGAUUCCGAGCAAGUGGAGCAGCGGGAAGACCUACGAGAGCGGCACCAACUUCUAA